CGUGAAAAAAUCCUCUCAAGAACGCUUUGCACUGAAAAUUCUUCUUGAUCGUCCAAAAGCUAGAAAUGAGGUACGUCUGCACAUGAUGUGUGCAACACAUCCAAAUAUUGUUCAAAUUAUUGAAGUUUAUGCUAACAGUGUGCAGUUCCCACAUGAAUCCAGCCCAAGGGCUCGGCUCCUAAUUGUAAUGGAGAUGAUGGAAGGGGGAGAGCUAUUUCACAGAAUCAGCCAGCACCGGCACUUUACUGAGAAGCAAGCAAGCCAAGUAACAAAGCAGAUAGCUUUGGCUUUGCAGCAUUGCCACUCACUAAACAUUGCACAUAGAGACCUCAAGCCUGAGAAUCUCCUCUUCAAGGAUAACUCUCUGGACGCACCUGUUAAAUUGUGUGACUUUGGAUUUGCCAAAGUAGACCAAGGUGACUUGAUGACACCACAGUUCACUCCAUAUUACGUAGCACCUCAGGUAUUGGAGGCACAAAGACGGCAUCAGAAAGAAAAAUCUGGUAUUAUCCCCACCUCUCCAACACCUUACACUUAUAACAAGAGCUGUGACUUGUGGUCCCUGGGUGUCAUUAUUUACGUGAUGCUGUGUGGAUACCCUCCGUUUUACUCCAAACACCAUAGUCGGACAAUUCCAAAGGACAUGCGGAAAAAGAUCAUGACAGGAAGUUUUGAAUUUCCAGAGGAAGAGUGGAGCCAGAUCUCAGAAAUGGCGAAAGACAUUGUGCGAAAGCUGCUGAAGGUCAAACCUGAGGAACGGCUGACCAUUGAAGGUGUGCUGGACCAUCCCUGGCUCAACUCCACCGAGGCACUCGAUAACAUCCUGCCCUCUGCCCAGCUGAUGAUGGACAAGGCAAUGGUCGCAGGGAUACAACAGGCUCAUGCAGAACAGCUUGCGAACAUGAGAAUCCAAGACCUCAAAGUCAGUCUCAAACCCCUUCACUCCGUCAACAACCCAAUCCUGCGCAAAAGGAAAUUACUGGGCACUAAGCCAAAGGAUGGUGUUUAUAUCCAUGACCCGGAGAAUGGAAGUAACGAUUCCAACGUGGCUCUGGAAAAGCUCAGAGAUGUCAUCGCUCAGUGCAUUCUACCGCAGGCUGGUAAAGGAGAGAAUGAAGAUGAGAAGCUGAAUGAAGUGAUGCAGGAGGCGUGGAAGUAUAAUCGAGAGUUUGCAGAAGCUGCCUUCCAUCUGCUAUACGUACAGCCAGCUGCAAUGACUAUGUAUGUGAACGAGACAGCCACAGUUUCUCAACACCCUGCUCAAAGAUCCAACACUUGGUUUCGAACUUGUCCUCUUGUUUGAAAGAGAUCAUCCUGGCAAGGGUCAUAGUGCUGCUGUGUGAAUCCGCCGGUGAUCCUUCUCUUGUGUCACCCUCCGGAGUCCAAGCUCCCCAUCUCUUUGAUGCCUUCGAGCUCCUCCUGGGGGAGCAACAGACACAGGGCUGCUCCUUGACACACUGAUGCUGCCUGGACCAUGAGGCUGCCCAGGGCAGAUUCUUACACUAGUCUGGAACAUUGGCUCCAAAAGCUGCUUUUUUAAUCUUAAUUAAACAAACGAAUGAGAAGAAUCUGUACAUAUUUCUAGUUUUCUACCUUCUGACGCUUUUCUUUCUUUUGAGACUGGUCGAAGGCUUUUUAUAGAGAUAUUUUGGUACUAAACCCGUGCAGACGUUGAAUGAGUUUGGUCUGCAGACUGAAGUGCCAAUUCAGGGCUAUUAGUAAUGACUCUUGAACAUUAUUGUUGUAUUUCAUAGCUCAUUAACUUUGGGUUUACAUUUACAAACCUGAGCCAUGAAUCUCCCAAUUUACUCUUACGGCAGUCCAGCCUUCUUCUUUUUUGUCUUUUUUCUAUACCAGACUUCCUUGCAACCUUUUGCUUGGAUGGCAAACCAGUGUCUGACUCUUUCUAUACAAUUUUGUAAGCAGUGACUUAGUUUUUCUACAUGAAGGAGAUGCUUCGUUUCCCAUUCUUCGUCAGCACCUUGUCAGCUUUCUUUUAAUCCUGUUGAUAGUUUUCCAAUGCCUGAUUUGUUGCAGAGUAAGAACCACAGUCCCCAGUUAACCAUCACUUUCUCUGAUGGAAACAGGGAGUUUCUGCGUACAGCCAGAAUUGUACCUCUGCCGCUACGUGGCACGUUUGUGCACUGACAUCUAUCGAUGACAACGGUAGGGAAUUAGCAAGAGACAAGAGUUAUUUGUCGGUUCUUGGUAGUAUCAGUGAGUUUGCAGGCCCUAUAUGCAUUUCUGUCCUUGUCCUAAAUUCGAGGUUAUGUCAACAUCCACGCAAUCUCUAAAUGUAACAGAUAAUUUCCUUUUUAACUGGAAAGACGUGCUUUUUUCUGAGAAACCUCAUUGUAUUGGAACUUGAUGGCAAAUAGAGAAAUAAGCAAGGAAAUCACCUUUAUUGGAAUGGGAGUGCAAAAAAUUCCCCACAAAAGCACUUUGCAACUCCGCCCUCCAAGGAGGCAAAUACUCGGGCGGUUUCUUGAGGGUCAGAACCUGUGAGCAGAAAAAUGGAUCUGGUUGUAACUACUCUCGCAGCCAAGGCACCGCGGUCAGCAGAGCCUACCGCCACGCCACAGCCCGAUACGACCCAAGCGCCCUGUGCGCAGCUUGGGGGUGUAACACACUGGGACCUACUUUUUAUCUCUGGCAGGUUGCUCUAGCGUUCGAGAUGACGGUAGCAGGGCUCGUAUGCCGCUGUGUAGCCGUCUGUAGGAGAUGGCUUCAGCCCGUUUCUGCGGUACCAGCCCACGUUUGGUACAGCGGGGAGCACCUUGGGGUGCUGCUGCUCGCCGACAUCCACGGCAGCUCAGAAGUAGGCAGAGACCUGACGGUGCGUUACGUCCCUUCGUGGUCCCUUAACUUACACAACCGAAUAAUUUCAAGCUGUCACUGAUAGUGAGGUGGGUACAGCUGCGACUGACAGUGAGAUGUUUUUAGCGUCUGGAGGGAAGUCAACUUUCUAAGGGCUUUUGUGAAUAAGGAACUGCUUUUUAUGGAUUUAGUAUGGAUUUUAUUGUCCGUAUAAACAAGAGUGGCGUGAUCCAAAACGGAGGGAGGGAGGGACAGAUUAAGAACACACAAAUUUGCAGAUUCAAGGUCAAAUGGUUUUAUUUCUAUGGGAAAGUUGAUUAUUUUACUCUUUAAAAAGUUACGUUUUAGAUUUCAAAAUUAAAUACGCUUUAAUGGAUUCAUUUACGUAUUUUUAAAGUAGUAUUUUACUUUUGCCUUCCUGUGUUUUUUAUUUUUCCGUUGACAUAAAUGCAAGAUACCUUGUCUUGGUUAGGUAAGGUUUUAGUUGGUAAUAAAUCUACUGAACCUUUAUAGCAGACUGUGAAUAUUGUAAAUACCUUGAGGUGGAAGGGUCAUAUGGGAUCAAAGACGACAUUCGUUGUACAAACACUAAGAGGAUAUGAGAAAGCUCUGUAGGGGGUUUGGUUUUUGGGUUUGUUUUUUUUUUUUUAGAAUUUUAUUUAAGAGAAAAAUCUCUGAAAUCAUUUGACCUUUCCAAAAUUUUGUGUAUAUCUGACUUCUCCUGUGACUUAUUUUAAGAUAUAUAUAUAUAUAAAAAAGUUAGAAGAACUUGACUAGGCAAAAGAGUUUUUGAUUGGAAAUAGCAAUGUGUCAAAGUUUUGCUGUCAUUACUUCAGGUUUUUCUGUUGGAAAUCUGUCCUCAUAUGCCACGUUUAACUUCUGUGUAUUAAAAUGUUUUCAUUUCUCCUUUUCAGUGUUAUCUGUAAUAUGUUAGUUUAUUUUGGAUCAGUAUUAUAUUGUA